AUGGACCAAGAGAUACCACGUUUUAACUGUAACGAAGAUAUUUCGACGUUAGGAAUUAAAUGGAAGAAAUGGAAGCGCAGUUUUGAAAUAUAUAUAAAUGCAAAAGGAAUCACCGACGAUUUACGAAAGAAAAACCUUUUAUUACAUUGUGCAGGACCUGAAGUGCAGGAUAUUUUUUUUACGUUACCUGAAAGUGAAGAUGAAACUAUUGGAAAACAGUAUGAUCUUGCAAGAAUCGCUUUAGACAACUAUUUUUCACCGAAAGCAAACACUGUUUACGAAAGAUAUAUUUUCAGAAGUAUUAAGCAGAAACCAGGUGAAACCAUGGAGCAGUUCAUCACAAAGUUGAAGCAGCAAGGGAAAAAUUGCAAUUACACCGAUCUGGAUGACCAAAUCAGAGACCAGGUAAUUGAAAAAGGAUUAUCGACUGAUUUACGACGUAAGUUCCUGGAACGAGGAGAUUUAAAAUUAGACGAAGUAAGGGAGAUUGCCAAGGCAUAUGAAGCAACAGAAAUGCAGUUACACGCAAUGGAAAAACCAUCACCAACAGUUGAGGUCAAUAAGGUACAAUACAAAAACAAACCAAAUUGGAAGAAAGGAAAAGAAGAAAAGAAGGUCAGUGGAAAUUCAAACGGUAAAGAAGAGAAGAAGGAAAAUGUAAAGAAUGAACUCGAAUCAUUAAUAAAUCAAGGUAUAUUGGAACCUGUAAAUACAAGCGAAUGGGCUAGUGCAAUUGUGCCUGUUGUCAAACGAAAUGGUCAAAUAAGAAUUUGUGGAGACUACAAACCUACUCUAAAUCCAGGUUUAGUGGUAGACGAUUUUCCUUUGCCAACAAUAGAUGAACUAUUUGCAAAUAUGGCAGGAGGUGAGAAAUUCACAAAAUUAGAUAUCACUCAAGCGUAUUUACAUUUAGAAGUACAUCCUGACGAUAGGGAAUUACUUACUUUAAAUACCAUUAAAGGUUUACUAAGACCAACAAGGUUAAUGUACGGUGUAGCUUCUGCGCCAGCAAUAUGGCAAAAAGAAAUAGAAAAAAUAUUACAAGGGAUUGACGGUUUAUCAAUUUUCUUUGAUGAUAUCAGAAUAACAGCUCCAAAUGAAGAAUUACAUUUGAAACGUUUAUGCCAAGUUUUAGAUAGAUUCAAACAAUUUAACGUUAAAGUAAAUUUUGAAAAAUGUACAUUUUUGGCUGAUGAAAUUGAAUAUUGUGGUUAUGUGAUUAAUAAGGACGGAAUACAUAAAUCUAAAAAGAAAGUAGAAACAAUAAAGAACAUUCCACGUCCUACAAAUCGUGACGAAUUGAGAAUCUUUUUAGGACUUAUUAAUUAUUAUGCACCAUACCAUCCAGCAACAAAUGGUCAAGCAGAGAGGUAUGUGCAAAUCUUGAAAAAUUCUUUAAAAGCUAUGUUACAUGACGGCAGUAACAUGAACAUACGUCAAAAAGUAAAUCAGUUACUAAUGCAAUAUAGAAAAAUGCUGCAUAUUACUACUGGUAAAUCACCAUCUUGUAUGUUACUAGGAAGAGAAAUUAAGACAAAAAUUGACAAAUUAAUUCCAAAGCCGAAUAACAACCCAUGUGUAAAAGAUUUUUUUUCUAACAGGGAAGACACCCCUAGGAAAUUAGAAUUAGGAGAAAAGGUAGCUGUUAGGAGUUAUCAUGGAAUUAAGUGGUUAUUCGGGAAGAUUAUCGAGAAACAAGGAUUAUUACAUUACUCUGUUAAAUUAGAUAAUGGAGGAAUUGUUAGAAGGCAUAUUGAUCAAAUUAUUUCAAUAGGGAAGAAUGUAGAAGAUGAUACAUCUUGUUUAUAUAAAUAUUAUAUUCCAAGGCCCUCUGUUCAGGCCAAAAAUGCCUCUGAAAAACCCUUGAUAAAUACAAAUAGUAAUGUUAAUUCAGAUCAAGAUAAGUCUGAUAGUGACCAAGACAUUUCACUACAAAAUGAUACUGGAACAGGCAAUUCUCUGAAUGAUAACGUUCAUAUAGAGCAUUCAAAUAAUUUUGAACCUAGAAGGUCUACUAGACCUAAAAAGCCUGUUAAUAAAUUAAACUUGUGA